AUGGGGAUUGACUCCACCUUCAGUUGGAGUGGUCGACUACGUAGAGGGGGGUGUAAGAGGGUGGCUAAUGGUGGAGUAAAUUUCAGAACAACAAUAGUGAAAAUCGAUUUCCUCCGUCGCAUCCUCCUUGGUUUCUACACCAUGUACCGCCCGCCCACCACCGCAACACUACCAAUAACCACCAAGAAACGCCUCAGCACCUCUCUGAGAGACGAUAUCAUCUUCGAUUCCUUCGAUAAUCCUCAAGAUUUCCCCUCUUGCUCCUCCCCUGAUUCCACCACCGGUGAUACCGAAACCCUAAUCACCCAAUUUGUACCACCACGGUUUUCUAAAUUCAUGGUUACCUGCACCUUUUUUGGCCACCGCGAGGGUCACCACGUCUUUUUCUGUCUCCAAACCAGUUGUCACUCAUCGAGACCUUCUCUUCUUCUAGAACUCCCCAUGUCUAGUCGAAAGCUUGUUAAAGAAAUGGGUUAUGGAGUCCUUCGAAUUGCGUUGGAAAGUAAGAGUUCUGAGUUGGGUUCUUGCCCUCUGCAUUUAGUCCCUGUUUGGACUCUGUUUUGUAAUGGCCGAAGACUAGGGUUUGCUACUCGUCGUAAGGCGAAAACUGAUAUUAAAGAGUUCCUGAAGAAGAUGCAGGAUAUUAACAUGGGUGCUGGCCUAAUCUAUGGUGAAGGAGAAAGACAAGAAAUCAUGUACAUGAGGGGUAAUUUUGAAUGGGUGAUUGGGGGUGCUGAUUCUGAGUCAUUUCAUAUGAUUAAUGAGGAUGAUGAAUCUUCUGGUCAAGAACUGAGUGUUUUCUUGCUUAGAUCUGCUUAAUUUUUAUCAUAUUCAAAGAUUUCAAUGUGAUUGAAAAAAAUAGUUAAAAUGUUAGACAUUGAGUAGUAAAAUGUUGAUGUAUGGAGAAGUGAUGAAUGCAUAAUAGAAUUAGAAAUGUAGAGAAAAAAAAGCACAAAAGUGCGUAUAUU